AUGUGGGACUUUUUACCAUGUUUAUUUAUUUCAAGAGAAUAUUCUUGCUUCUUUGAAAAUGUUGUCCCUAUUAUAUUUUUCAUUAUGGCAUUACCAUUUGGGUUAGAGAGUGUGAACAUCAAGUGCAAGAGUGGGAGAGCAAAGAUUCUUGGGACAUUGGUGUGCAUAGGGGGUGCAUUGUUGUUGACACUCUAUAAAGGAAAGCCCUUGUUUAACUAUGCUUCUGCAACUUCUAUAGAAAAGACAGGAACAAGUAGUAGUAGUGGAAGAUGGACCAUUGGUGUUGUGACUUUGAUUCUUGGAACACUGUUUUGGUCAUCUUGGUACAUAGUACAGUUAAGCAUAAGCAAGAGGUUCCCAUGUCAAUACUCAAGCACAGCCCUGAUGAUCUUCUUUGGAUCCAUUCAAGCAGCUUUCAGAAGCUUGUCCAUUCAACACCAUGAUUUCUCCAUUUGGGUUCUCAAUGGAAAGCUUCCGAUAAUUGCUGUUCUGUUCUUUGUGAGUCACUAA